UUGUGGUUCAUAGGGCAACAAACAGCAGCGUACGCCGCCGGGGACAUCAAUGGUGGAGUACGCUUCCAUUCAGGGAAAGGUCUGAGAGAGACCAUUACUGGGGCUUACAUGGAGAGCUGAAAGCUAAUAUGAGCUUAACGUCCUUAAUGAUGUACAUAUAUCCGGUCCUGUUAUUUAUUUUGUAUGUAUAUAAUGGAUUUUCCGAAGCUGCACCUCGCAUCAUUCCCUCCGAUGCGUCGCCUCUCUCCAGGAAGCCCGGCUCAGCCUCCGACACCUGGGAGACCUUCCACACCGACAUGCCUCGUCAUCUACCCGGGAACAGGUUCGCUCUCGGGCCUCUAGCCGAGCUCACGCCGCGUCCUGCCGGCCUCCCCUCCGACACUAGCCCGCUCCCAAAAAUCGCGACCACCUUCCAGCUUCCAACAACAGACCCGACCACCACGACCAGCACUACCAGCACCUCUCCUGACACUGGGAUUAUUUCCACUGUGGAACAAAUAUCUGCGCCCAUUUCCAGACUAAGCGGCGCACGCAAAAGAUCCACUGAUGCACAGACAUCACUUUUUGCUCCAGAGAAAAUGCUGCAGACCAUGGUGUCCAUGGUUUCCCAGCGCACAGCGAACGAUGCCUGGUCUGCAGAUAACACUGGUACAUCUGUUACCUCAGUAAAAAAUAACCAAGAGUCUGUUUGUAACUGCAGCAUUGGUGGUGAGGGGAUUUGGGAUCCGGACGAAUGCAACACAACCACCGGUCAGUGUUUAUGUGUGUCCGGCUACACUGGCCUCCAGUGUGAGGACUGUGAGGAGGGACACUUCACCAACGGCACCAACGGCUGCCUGCCCUGUGCCUGCGACUCCUACGGCGCGGUCAACCACCUCUGCGACAGCUCAGGGAUAUGCGUGUGCAAGUCGGGAGUGUAUGGACCCAAGUGUGACGAAUGCCACCCAGGUUUCUUCCACUUCAGCCCCACUGGCUGCCGGCCCUGCCAGUGUCACAACCACACCAACAACUGCCACCCACAGUCCGGAGUGUGUCUUAACUGUGAGGGCAACACCCAGGGAUCAAACUGCGAUGAGUGCAAGCCCGGGUUCUACCGCAGCCCUGGAAGUGCCCUGACCGAAGCCUGUGCACCGUGUCCCUGCUCCAAAACUACGUCCAACGGCACCUGCCACACCGAUUCUGGCGGCGCCCCCGUGUGCGACCACUGCCUCCCCAGAUACACCGGCCCAAAGUGUGACAAGUGCAGCGCCGGCUUCUACAAAGUGUCCGGGGUUUGUGUCCCAUGUGACUGCAGUGGGAAUGCAGACCCUCAGGGCCCCGCCCAGAUCUGUCACCCUGAAACCGGCCACUGCCUCCGCUGCAUCAACAACACCACGGGGCCCCAGUGUCAGCUCUGCUCCGCGGGAUUUGUAGGGGACGCCCGAGCUCACAACUGCACCCGACUAACACCCCGGCUCAUUCCCACACCAGCAGAUACAACCACAACAGUUGCUUCCACGUCAAGCCCAUCUUCAACUACCACCACCCAGACCUCUGCCACAGUGCGGGGCGUCCCAUCAUCCACUCCCAGGAGCAACAUGAGCACAACGCUGAGCACCACCGCCACCACGCAGACUCUGCUGACCAGCCUGAGCAGCCCCACGGACAACACCACAGCCGCCCUGACCGAAGUGUCGUGGACGCAGUUCAACAUCAUCAUCCUGGCCGUCAUCAUCCUGGUGGUCCUGCUGUUGCUGGGCUUCGUCGGCGGCGUCUACACUUACCGGGAGUACCAGAACCGCAAGCUCAACGCCCCUUUCUGGACCAUUGAGCUUAAGGAGGACAACAUCAGCUUCAGCAGCUACCACGACAGCAUCCCCAACGCUGAUGUGUCGGGCCUGCUGGAGGACGAGGCCAAUGAGGUGGCGCCCAACGGCCAGCUGGCGCUAACCACGCAGGGCAACUGCUACAAGGCUUAGCAUUCCAUCCAUCCUCAAACCGGACACAUAGAUUACAGAUACACAAAGCUGCUGGAAAGUACCAAAUCCAAAGCUCCUUCAUGUAUGACUGCUUGUUGAGUCCCUGCUCGUCUGCUCUUCACUAAACAAACUGACAGUAGCAUCAGGCAGGUAGGAUCAAAUACAUUGGACAGAGACGGAGAGUCUCCACUUGAAACAGUUUCCCUUUUUGAUAUGAUUUCUUGGGGGCAAUGGGCGAUCAGAGAGAUGGGUCCAAAGAGUAAAAAAGUCUUGACUUGUGCCGCUGUUGUGCAGAAUUGUUAGGUUAUUGGCGCAGGCGGUGAGCAGACGCCUGUUUGCCCAAACAACAGUGGCCAUUAGAGGACUUACAGAAGUCUAGCAUUUCACAUAUUUUUAAAAUGGACUUGUGACUGUUUUAAGUUAUAACUGGAUCACUUGAAGAGUGAUCUUAAACUGAGACAAUGAUUGUUAUUUAAUGAAUUUUAUUCAGUUCUUAUUUAUUGGUUGACGUUUCAUUCUGGGUGAAAUGCUGCACAUGUAUGACGUGUUUAUUCAUGGUGUUUUAUCUUCUGUGCUGUCGAAUGGUAAAUUGAAAUGGCCAAUGUGUUUUCAUGUAUAGUUUGUGAGUUUUUUGAGAGCGCCGUAGGGGAAGACGAAGGCUGCUGGCACACUUAUGGACUCAUCAUUUAGUUUAUGGCUUCCUGUCUUUGUGUUAAUCGUGCCAGCUCACCUGUAAUAUCGAAGAGGAGUGUUUUCUUUUCAAACAAACUGCGAGUACAGUUUACUCACUCACAAUUUGGCAGUGACUCCUAGGCUUAUUUAAACCACAAUGAUCUUGUAAAGUGUCUGCUGCAUACCUCAGUCAAAGCUAAACAACAACUUAAAAACAUUUCACCUGUUUGAAGAAGUGACUCAGUCUCAAACAAUAGGACUGACUGAUGUUCAGAGCCCAAGCAGUAUUCUAAUGUUGAUGCUGUUGUUAUGGAGCCCGCACAUGGUAAAAAUUCCUUGUCAAUCACCUGCUCCAAGUCCAAUAUGAUUUACUGUAAAAUCAAUGCACUUCAAAGCUUCACACCUUAUCUUGGACGUGGGUGGUUCCUGUGUCGUUUCGGCUGCCGUUGGUUGGGUGUGCUUCUUUUUACCACGGUGAAUGAGUAAAGUUAAUCAUGGAUUUAACUCCUCAGGUACUGGCUCUUUCCCUAAUGUGAUCACUGUAAAUAUGACUAUUGUACAGAUGAAUGUGAAUAGUAGCACUAUUAUUGUACAGGUAGAAAAACUGUGUGUACACUGUCACUCGACAAGCUCUCGACCAUUCACUCUCCAGGGUGUGAUGUUGCAGUCAGCCCGCGGCUUUUUGUAUUUUUAUUUUUAUGUCUCUUAUUCUCAGUGGACUUUGCCAUAUGACAGACCCGCAGGACUUCGAUGCACCACCCCAGAAACUGCUCAAAACAACGAGUGGAAUGAUGUACAUAAUACCCUCAAAUCAGAGAUCAACUCCAAUAAAAAUGGGUUUAACUGUU